AUGCUAUUAGCUAUUACAUUUUUAGUAUUGGAAUAUUUCGGAGGUAUAGGACUUGUAUCCCAACCCAAUAAUAAUUCUACAGUGGAAUUUAGGGUUCAUUCUAUUAAGGAUAUAACUAAUAUAAUUAUACCGCACUUUGAUAAUUAUCCCUUAUUAACUAAAAAAUAUUCCGAUUCUAUGCUUUUUAAAAAUGUUAUUAAUUUAAUGUUAGAAAAACAGCAUACUAAUCUAGAGGGAAUACAAAAAAUAAUUAAUACAAGGGCAUCUAUGAAUGGAGGUUUAUCUGACCAAUUAAAAAAGGCUUUUCCUGAAACUAUUCCUGUUAUAAGAAAGAACAAUAUAUAUGCUUCAUUACGUUUUUCUAUUGCUCAAGAUUUAAGAGAUGUAGAUUUAUUAGAAUAUGAAAAGCGUUCAAUAGCUGAGUUUGUAGUUACAAGAAUUGAUGAUAUAAUUAACCAUGUAAUACCUUUUUUUGAAGAAUAUAGUAUUGCAGGAUCAAAGUAUUCAAAUUAUUGUACUUUUAAAAUAGCUGCUUUUAUGGGUAAAAACAAAGAACAUUUAAAAGAAGAUGGUAAUGACUCGUUGUAUGGUAAAAACGGUUUGUAUGAAGAAAUGAAAUAG